AUGACUUUCACUUUUAAUCAAAAUGUCUCGGCACAACAGCUGGCCGACAUCCUACCGAACGGCGUCGCCAUCCUCAGCCAUCGAUAUGACCUGAUCUCCGCGAAUCGCCGAUUUCGGGAACUCAUCCCAUGCCCCAGCGUCAACUUCUCCGAGUGUUGGUUACGCUCGGUCCAUCCCGACGACUACGACCGAGUGUCUAUUGAGUACCGGGAGGCCGUAUCCUCCAAACAACGGCUACGUUUCGAAUACCACACGCGUGACCCGGACUCGAUUUGGUGUGUCAUGACAUUGGAUCGGCUGAAUGAUAAAGAUGUACAAUGCUUUGGGCUAGGCGACGGUGCCAUGUUCAUCUGUACAAUUGCAGAUAUCACCCCAGAGAAAAAGGCAGAGCUCCUACAGAGGCAGGCUGCGGAAGAGGCACAGGAACGAAAGAAGCAACAGGAGCGAUUCAUUGAUAUGAUCAGCCACGAAAUUCGCAAUCCUCUAUCUGCGAUAGUACAUUGCACGGAGGAUAUUCAAGAGGCAAUCUAUAACAAGGAGCCGGGUGAAAUAUCAGUCAUGGACAUCACCGAAGCAACCGAGACAAUCAGUCUAUGUAUCAGGCAUCAAAAGAAAAUCGUCAAUGACGUUCUCACGUUUUCGAAACUUGAUGCGUCGAUGCUGCCGCUGUCGCCACGAAAGGUCCAGCCGCAGCGACAUCUCACCAUUCCGAUGGCGAUAUUCCGACCCGAGCUCCGAAAGCACAGAAUACAUUUCGAAUACAAGGCCGAUGUUUCCUAUGCCGAAUGCAAUAUUGAUUGGGUCAUGGCAGAUCUAGAUCGAAUGGGCCAGGUUCUCGUCAACAUACUCUCGAAUGCUAUCAAAUUCACCGCCCAGUCGGAGGGUCAGCGAUCCAUCCGAGUCUCAGUGGGUGCUUCGACCGAGCGUCCAACUUCGUACCCGCCAAAUAUUGUCUUCUUCGAUUCGGGCGAAGCAGCGCUCCACAAAGACGCGACUAACAAUUCCGAGUGGGGGAGUGGCGAAGUUACAUAUGUCAUGGUCGCCGUCAAGGACUCCGGUAUUGGGGUUACCGAGCAAGCCCAGAAACGGCUCUUCGAACGUUUCAAUCAAGCAACCCCCAAAACCGAGAGCAUCUACGGUGGCUCUGGCCUUGGUCUCAAUGUGUGUAGGAAGCUGUGCCACCUACAUGGGGGUGAGAUUGGCGUGAGCUCCAAAAGAUCUCACGGAAGUACCUUUGGGUUCUUUUUCAAAGUACGCAAAACGACCAACGAAGAUGGUAAAGGGGAUGAGUGCCUCGGGGUUUCUGCAAUCGAUAAACUCUGUGUUGAUAUCCAGUCAUUGGGAAAUAAAAUGCGCGGUGUCAAUGAAACGACGGAAGAACCCCAGAUGUCAGAAAACCCCCCUGAAGAUAUCAUCUUGGAGGCACGGCCAGGUGGCCCUAAGGACGCAGGCACAGUUCAUACCGACAGUAUAGCCCGCGAGGUCGAUAAUGAGGAGAGCAAACGGGCGAAUCGUGAUGACGAGAAACUGACCGGCGACGGCCAGCGUAUCCUCUUGGUUGAGGAUAACGUUAUCAAUAGGCGAAUUAUCUCGCGCAAGUUGAAUACACUGGGUUUUGACAUAUCGGAAGCAAGCAACGGGCAAGAGGCCGUGGAUGCGAAUAAAAAUGCCCCAUUCGACUGCAUUCUCAUGGAUCAGCAGAUGCCUGUUAUGGAUGGCAACUCUGCCACGAAAGCAAUUCGUGACAUUGAAAAAGAAAGUGGAGACCAUGUGCCUAUUCUGGGAGUCACAGCGAGUGUCAGAGACGCACAACAAAAAGAAAUGACCGAUUCUGGAAUGGAUGAUGUCAUCCAUAAGCCUUAUGGGACUCAUGAGCUGGUUGAAAAGAUCCAUCGCAUGGUUUCGAAGGAAGGGAAACCAUGA